CGAUUGUGAGUUUGCUUUCGUCGUCAUACUCCACGACACUCGACCACAACCGACUGCCAUCGUGCAAAUUUGAACCUCGCAUGAAGCUGCUCGCAUCGCUCUCGUUCUCACUCUUCUCGCUCUACUCUUUACACUGCGCAGCUUCUUCAGCCGCGGACGCAAACGUGCUCAAGCUGCGUAGCGAGACUACCACCAACAUGGACUUUUUCGCGGAUAACAAGCCGCCAUCGGGCAAACCGACCCUUUCAGAUAUCAUGGACAAGCGUUGUACGAUUAUCAAUGACUACAUGAUGGGAUCGCCUGAUGUGAUGCAACGCUUGCAGGAUGACACCAAGCAGACACUCAUUCUUGCGCCGCUCAAUGCAGCGAUUAUUGCGCUCCCACAGAAGCCUUGGAUUAGCAUGGAUAGUGCAUCCGGAAGUGGGAGCAAAGAAGCUUCGAGCGCACAGCGCAAUGAGGAGAAUGCAGAGGCCAACAUUGCUCGAUUCGUAAAACAGCACGUUGUUGCUCAGUAUCCUCUCACCGCUGGCGUCAGGGUCCCGACCAUGAAUGGCGGGUCAAUCUGGUUUGAGGAAGACAUGAAAACAUCAGUCAAGCGCGUCUAUCCUGGAGGACACAGAGUAGUGAGUGAGAAGCAAGCAGCAAACGGCGCCAUUUGGAUUGUGGACGGCAUUAUGCAGCCCGCGACAGAAGCGCCUGUUGAUAAGAAAGACGGCCUGUGAUGCAAUUCUCUUCGAGUUGAUUUAUAUGUAUCUGCUUGGUAUGUAGCGACUUUGUGCUUGGCUUCUGCGGCUGCUCUCUGUACUUUGAUCUCCUUGACUGCCGGCGCUGUGCGUCAUCGAGCCGCGCGAACAAUUGCGAAACAGCAUC